AUGACUUUGUCUCAAGCCCCGCCAUCCAAAUGCAUCCUCAGUAAAAACACUGCUGCUCCCGAUGGCAUGCCCUUGUCCUCAAUUAAGAGCGAGCCAGCUGGUACAUUCAACGCAGACAUACUCUCAGAGUUAGAGAAGUCUCUCUCCCGCGCUCCUCUCAAUAUUGCCGCCUGGGACGCAAGGUCGGAUCAGGCUUGGACCUUCGCCGACUUGGCCCAGCAAAGCGUUGCUGUCGCGAACCGAAUAUGUUCCUCCUCAGGAGUUAUUGCGCUAUACUUUGAGCCGUCGCCAUCUUACAUAGUAGCGAUUCUCAGUGCCAUUCAACUCGGCAGACCGUAUCUUGCCAUCGACCCCCGGAUUCCUCGGCAACAACAGGAACUGAUGCUUUCAGAAACCGAGGCUUCAGUGCUUCUACAUUCGACUUCAUAUUGGCCAGAACAGAAGGCUUUCAACGUCGAAACCUUGGCCAUUGAAGAUAUUGCUAGUACUGCUUCCCAAGAGCCACAUUUUCGACCGUUUAAUCAACCGAUCAUGUGUAUAUUGUACACAUCUGGCUCAACCAGCCGUCCGAAAGGAGUUAAAAUCCCUUAUUCGGCUGUCUUCAAUCGCCUCUCUUGGCAAUGGAGGACGCAACCGUUCGCCGCAGACGACAUCGUGGCUUUGAAGACUGGCAUUGGAUUCGUAGACUCCAUAGCCGAACUUCUGGCCCCACUAUUGCGAGGGAUUCCUAUGGUUACUAUUCCAGGCUCGUUCUUAUACGACAGCACAGCUAUGCUUCAAACUCUGGAAUCAUUCCGCGUCACUAGGAUUUCUGUUGUCCCCUCAUUUCUGAGGACGAUAUUGGCCCCAUUGAAGGAACGACCAGCCUUGUAUAACCUCUCUUUGAAAGUCGUGGUUUCUUCGGGGGAGGAGCUACUUUUGGAUAUCUGCGAGGAGUUCUUCUCGUGUCUGUCGCACUGCCAGCUUCAUAAUUAUUAUGGUUCAACUGAGGUUAUGGGUGACGUGACAGCACUUCGAUUACAUACCGUUGAGGAUGCCCGGGCAGCUAGCCUUGAAGGCCGCAUUUCCAUCGGUAACGCAAUUGAUAAUAUGGAGUUAUCACUCCACCACUGUGAUGAAGAAGGAGUUGGCGAGCUGUUCUGUGCUGGUGCGGGUCUCUCGGUAGGUUACCUGAGGAGCUCAGGCGAACAAUCGACCGCUAUUGGCCCAUUCGCAACGACCAAAGAAUUCAACUUGCAACAUGUACAAUCCCACGAGGACCAAAUGUGGUUUCGUACAGGAGACCUGGUCAAAAUGCAAAAUGGCCAAGUCUUCUUUUGUGGACGACGUGAUGACAUGGUCAAAAUUGCUGGCAAUAAAGUUGACGUCGGACAUGUGGGGAGAGUUGUUCGUGAAGUUGGCGUUUUCACACUCCCUCCGGUAAUCAUUCACUCCAGUGCUCUGUCGAAACUUAUAUUGUUCUAUCGCCCGGAGAGGAAUAUCAACGUGGAGGAUCUAUCCGCGGCUUUGAGGGAGAGGCUGCCUAAUCCCGCAAUACCGAUCUUCGCGCCCGUGAAGGAAUUCACAUUCCUUCCAACCUCUGGAAAAAUUGAUAAGAAAGCCAUGCUUGCUCGAUUCGAAGAGGAAAUAUGCAGGGACAAGGAGCCUGUAUAUGAUUGGGCUGAUAUGAAUCACUUGGAUUCUUCGAUUUUACGACAACUGCAAGAUUUUGUGGCCAUUCUUGGGCGUGAGGGAAUCAGAUCAGAGUCGCUUCAGACUCUGCUAGCGGCGAAUUUCUUUACCGUCGGGGGUACAUCUCUGAAUCUGAUGUCCUGUGUUGUGCAACUUCGGAGAAGUGGUAUGGAUAUCAGUACCGCUGACCUUUUUGCUGCCAAAUCGCUUUGGCAGGUGUUUGACUCGGUUGUUGGGCAUCAAACCAGUCUUCCACCAUCCUAUCCGGCCCCCGAUUGGACGGUCAAGCCUCUAGACCAAAGCAUUAUAAGUGACGCAUGGGAGGUGGUGGCAUCGAACAUGGUUAACACUCCGCCGGUAUGUUUCAUGUGGGAUGAUGCCAAGGGAAGGAAAGACUGUCACGAUGAAAUGAUACAGAUCACAAAAGCCUUGGAACCUUUUACGCUGCGCACGCCGUUUAUCACAUUCGGGGUGUUUGACUCCGAAAAUUUGCUCAUAGGUGUCUGCAUCAACAUUUUGUCUGAUAGUGGUCCGGAAGGUCUCCUCGGUGACGGCAUUGUAAACAAGUUUCUGCAGUUCCUGGGGGAAGUUGAAGAACCCGUGAUAAACCACCUUCAACAAAAAGGUUACACGGGUCUGUUUCUGGAAAAUGUUAUAACGGCCAUUGACAGGAAACACCUACCUGAACCUGCUGAGCGAGUCAAGUGUAUGUAUUUUAUUGAGGAUGAAGUGCUGAAGGUCGCGCGAGAGAGGGGUGCAGGCUUUGUUCUCACGACCAACACAAGCCCGGUGACACAGGACAUUUCUCGUUUUCUCGGGUAUAAAGAAGAAAGCUUGAUAAAUGCUUGCAUCGAAUGGACAGACGAGAAGGGGGAGCCCUAUGUACCGUCCGUGGACGGUGAUUUCAACGUACAAGUCACAUACAAGCUCUUGGAAGAGUGA